UGUAUUUCUACCAAACAAGACCGUACGAAUUCAUUGGGACACGUUAUCGCACAUGGGAACAAAUUCCACCCGUCCUGAUCCGAAGUCCGAACACUAAUCUUGUAUCUUCCCGGAAAUCUCAUUCAAUUUCCUCAUGGACUCAGCUAAAACUUGAUCAGAAAACCGACCUAUUGCCGUGUCAAUCUAAUAUUGGUAUUGAUUUUUCAUCAAUAUACAACCAACAUAUACCAGGGAUAAACUUCAAUUCUGUCCAGUUCGCAGAACUAUAUACAUACGAUCUUUCAAUUUUCGGACAAUGAAGAAAUCGAGCAAUUUUUUGAGAAGUUCCAAAGAUGCGCUCACGAAAAGCUUCAAUCCCGCUAAAUGUAAGACAUCUUUGAAGCUAGCGUCUUCGAGAUUGAAGAUAUUGAGGAACAAGAAAGAAGUGCAAGUCAAGCAGAUGAAGAGGGAACUCGCACAGCUGCUUGAAUCAAGGCAGAAUCAAACGGCUCUAAUUCGCGUUGAGCAUGUGGUUACGGAAGAAAAGAACAUUGCUGCAUAUGAUCUGAUAGAGAUAUACUGUGAGCUUAUCGUGGCACGCCUGCAAAUCAUUGAAUCACAAAAAAACUGCCCCAUGGAUUUGAAGGAAGCCAUUACAAGCGUAGUUUUCGCAUCACCAAGAUGUGGAGAUGUGCAAGAACUUAUAGAUAUUCGGAAGCAUUUUACUGCAAAAUAUGGGAAAGAAUUCAUCAAUGCAGCAAUUGAGUUGCGUCCUAAUUCUGGCGUCAGCCGCCUUCUAGUGGAGAAGCUAUCAGCAAAGGUGCCCGAUGGACAAACCAAGCUAAAAAUAUUGGCAGCUAUUGCAGAGGAGCAAGGUGUUAAAUUCGAUCCUGAAUCAUUUGGAGAGUCAGACUUACCUCCCAAUGACUUGCUGAAUGGACCAAGCAGUUUUGAGAAAGCCAGUAAGAUGUAUGAAGAGCACCCUCAUUUUUCUGGGGACGCCAGUACUAACCCUAUCCAUAAUCAGGGAUAUUAUACGUCUCCAAAUGUCUCCGAAAUGAAUUCAGGAACUUCAAUGGGAAUUUAUAAUUCUGCUUCUCCACAAGGUGGUAGUAGUAGUGGCAAAGUGUAUUCUUCUUCCUCUCACCUCAGAGAGACACAUUCAGGUCAUAGGUCAGAAGCCAGGAACUCCCUUUCUGAGAAUGAAACAUUUAAUUUGGAUAGGCAGAAUUGGAACAUGGACUUUAAGGAUGCUGCCUCUGCUGCACAGGCUGCUGCUGAAUCUGCAGAACGUGCAAGUCAGGCUGCUAGAGCAGCUGCUAGACUUUCAAGAGAUAAAGAAAUGGGAAAUAGAUAUGCUUCAAAUAAUAUUAGCGAACACACUUCUAAACAAUCACGAGACAUAUUGUUGCCUAGUCAAAGUUCUAUGCUACAAGAUCAGGAUAGUGAAAAGAUACGAAAUGCAUUUGUUUCUUCAAGGUCAAGAGUUGUAAUAACUGAUGACAACACAGUGCAUAGUCUUCAUGAAAAAGAUAUAUGGGGGGAGAAAAGAGUCAAGGAAGUGGCCAGCCAAUCUCGUGAUUCAGAACCUGAAGAUGAGAACUUCAACUGCUUCGCAGAUGAAAAAACUACAGAAGAGCGCCAAAAUGUUCCUUACUCUUUGCAUCCAACCACUUUUACCCACAUUGAUCACAUUCAAAACUCGGGUGACCAAAACUUUAUAUAUGAAGCCAGUGAGAAUCUUUUUAUUAGUGAUGAAGAAGGGAAUCCUCGGGAAGUAAAUGUGCAGAUGCAGUCUCAUGGUGCAUCCUCUGCAAUUUCUGAUGAACCAAAUUCAGACCAUUAUGAUAAUAGUGAAGAUACUAUUUUUGGUACAGGUCCUGUGUAUGAUGAUGAUGAUGACCACCAGUCCACCUUUGACCGUUCAUCACCACCUGAAGUAAAAUUACCAACAUAUUCCUCUGCCAUUUCUGAUUCUUGGGGUCCUAGUAUGAACAUGAAUGACUCUCCUGAGAAAAAGACUCCAACACAACAAUUUUUCAUGGAAAUACAUUCACCUUCCAAGUCCCCUCGAAAUUUAAGAACCACAGAGAACUCAGAGGCAGACAUUUUUUUCCCAACAACGUUUGAUGAUUCAGAUGGUGAGAGUUCUGAAAGAGAUGAUAUAGAAAGAUCUUCCACGGGAGAAAUUCUUCGAAUGGAUAGGACACAACUGUCGCAUUAUACUUCGUCUAAUGAAUCAAUGAUCAGUGGUACUAAAGAUGAUGGGAACAUAACUCGAUCUGGUACCGUUUAUGGUCAGGAAUUGAACUAUGGAAAGUUAACAGGUGGCUUUAGGCAUAAGCAUAUGAUCCCUCCUCCAUUCAUGAGAGCUGGUCAGAACAGUGUCCCUUCGAUCCACAAAUCCAAAGAGGUCCCUCUUUGGGAGCCAGAAUCUAUUCCUUCUCAUAAAAUUGAGAACUCUUCUAGCUUGGAGAAAAGUAAGCUUAAUUCCUCCCAUUCGGAUAAGGACUCUGACAGUUCUGAUGAAGAAUUUUCUCAGGAGAUCUUAAGCUACAAAGAUGAGUCAGAUACACACAAUAAGUCUAGCUUAAGAGGCUCAAAGGCUGCUCUUUUUUAUUCAGACAGUAGCGAUUCUGAAGUGCCCUCUCCUCGAAAAUCAUCGCUCACCGGUAGAAACCAACUGGGAAUUCAAUUUUCUCGAAGGACGAAGCUCUCAUCUGUUAGUUCAGAAACGAAAAAUCCGUCUAGCUCUCAAGUUAAGCCAGAAAGACCCACUGAUUAUAAGUCGGGUUUUGUAGGUGAACCCGCUAUUCAUUCCGGCCAUGAAACUGGGGAGGCAUCAGGUUCAAGUGAUAAUUCAUUAGCUGGGAAGAACUCAAAGUAUGUUAGUCAUGUUCAUCCAAAGCUUCCCGACUAUGACUCUCUCGCCGCCCGGCUACAUACUCUUAGGAUGAACCAACUGUGAGGGGAAUGUCCUUUUCUGAUAUUUAACUUCCCUUAUCAUUUGCCAGGCUUUCUAUGAAUAUAUGUGCAGAUCAGAUAUUCAGAUAUACAGGAUUGUUCUCUGAGUCGUCCUGUGUAUCAUUGAGGUGUAUAUACCUACAGCCAAAGCUCAAACCUGGUUUUAUAUAAGCGGGGCGAGCUGAGUCUACACUUCGAAGUAAUACGUAGUAUUGUUUUUGGCGUAAAUAUAUUUUUCGUCUGUAAUCAUUUUUCUGUUUUUGUUUUAGCUCAUUGUAAACUUAUUUUAUGUUUUUUUAAUCAUUUUUAGUAACCCCUUCGACUCUGUCAAGCUUCAUUUACUUAUAAAGAACGUGGGCUGCAGAACUUUUGUUUUACUUUUCUACCUCCUUUCGUUUCUCUAGAAAGUGACAUUUACUAAUUUCAUGAAAGUUCCUUCCCGAUACU